AGUGAAGGGCCAUCGCUAGACAGUUUACACAAGAGAAAGAGAAAGAGAAAGAAUAUUUGUAAUAGUAAUAGUAAUAGUUAUAGUAGUAGUAAGUAUUCCAAUUUAGUAUGUCGGACCUUAGAGAUAUUCUCAAAGCAAAGAGAUUGGUUCUUGACGGAGCUCUUGGGACAGAGUUAGAAAGAAUCAUUCCUAAGAAUGAUGAGUACCAGCCGCGUCGCAACCCAUUGUGGUCAGGGCAAGUCCUUUUAAAUAAACCCGAAUUAGUAGAGUUAGUUCAUCAAAGCUAUUUAGAUAUUUCUGAUGUAGAUAUGUUGAUCACUUCAACGUAUCAGACUAGUUAUCAAAGUUUGCAAAAAUUUGGACGAUUAAAUAAUACUGAAAUUACCGAUUUAUGGGCUAGAUCAGUUGCAGUAAUUGAAUCAGCCAUUGCAAAAAGUAGUACUAACCGGAAAAUUUAUGUAGUAGGAUCGAUAGGACCAUAUGCGACAUUAUUAUGUGAUGGAUCUGAAUAUACGGGAGAUUACAAGCAGGACGAUAAUAAUAAACUUGAAGAUAUUAUUGUAGAUUACUAUCGUCCCUUGUAUGAAUAUUGGGUUAAGAAUGAUAGAAUAGAUGUAAUUGGAUUUGAGACUAUUCCAAAUUUUACAGAACUAAAGAGUAUAAUUAAGUUGGUUAAGAGUAUAUCACCAAAGAAAUUAUUCUACAUUAGUUUCAAUUUCAAAGAUGAUACUCAGUUAGUAGAUGGAACUCCUAUUAAUCAAGUACUUGAAUACAUAGUGGAUCAAAUUCCAUAUAUUGAAUCUCAAUUAUUAGCUAUUGGAUUAAAUUGUAUUGAUUAUAGAAAGAUCACUGCUAUUGUGACAAAGAUCAAUAAACUACAAGGUGAUAUUUUUAAUCUCAUCAUAUAUCCUAAUCUUGGAUUCGAAUAUAGUGAUGAUAUUGGAGAAUAUCGAGCCAAUAAAAGAGAAGACCACUGGAUAGCCAGUAUUAAAGAAUGGUUAAAGUUCGCUAAUGUUAGAGUCAUUGGAGGUUGCUGCAGUACAGAUCCGUCUGAUAUCAAGCAGGUUAGACAACUAAUUGAGGAAUAGAAGUGUUUAUAUUAUACCGUCUUGUUCUGAAAACCACUACUGAAUGUCUUAGAUUAUUCUUGGUUCAUUGAGGAUGUCGAAGAGUGCAGUCCUUGACACUUUGUCUGUGCAGAAGAAAAAUACAUGUGUUUAUUACCAGAUCAGUUAAUUCUAGUUGUUACUGUCUCAUUUGUCUAUAUGAUAACAUUUGAUCUAUGUUAUCUCGGCUACUCCAUAUAUCUAUCAGUUUACCGGAAAUCCAUUUCCGAUUCCUGAGAUGAAGAUAUUGCGAAUAGUUCCGACCCGACUAGAAAUAUCGAUUUGUAUUUGUCUCUCAUGUUACAUGUUG